AUGGAUAAUUUGCCAGAUACACAAAGUGAAUUAAACGCUGAAUCGAGCUCAACAUCUGAAGACGAUCUUGAUCCUCGAAUUCAAAUUGAAUUUGAUCGAUUAAAUUAUGCUAAUGAAGCAAUUAAUAGUUUAGAACUACAACUCGAUGAUGCUCGAAAAACAUUAAAAGAACUCUGGAAUAUAUCACAAGAAGAAUUAUGUUUAUUAGAAAAAAGUAUUGGUACAUCUGUUGCUAAAGCUAAAAGUUAUUAUGAAGCUCGAAUUAAACUUCGAGAAGCUAAAGAAAUCUUAACUAAAGCUAAACAUCGAUUUGAACGUGCACAAGCAUUACAUGUUGCUGCAAAAGAAUUAGCUAUUGCUUCGGCUGAUUAUAUUGAUGAAGCUGAACAAUCAAGCGAACAUGCUACAGAAUGGAGUGAAACCUAUCAUCAAGCUGUUGAAAAAGCAGCGAAUGCUGAACGAGAAAAAUAUUUAGCUGAUUUUGAUCAACAACGUGCUGAAGUAACUUAUUCUGAAAUAGAAGCAUUAGUUCAAAAAUUAGAAAAAGAUUCUCGACGUUCAAUCAAUAAAUCAAAACCAUAUUAUGAAAAGAAAGUGGAAUUUCAUAAAGAAUUAGAGUUCCAUAAACGUAAAGUAUCUGGCCUUGAAAAUUGUGUUAAUGAAGCUAAAUGUCAAUAUCAACAAUCAUUAAAAAAUCUUGAAAUUAUCAGUAAUGAAAUUCAUGCACGACGUGAACGAGGAAAACUACAAAAUGAACUCGGAGAAGAAACAUCAAAUUUUGUUGAAAAAACCUUUACUCAUACAGAAGAAACAACAACAAUAAUAUCACAACAACUGACAAUUAAUAGUCCAACAAAAUCUCCACAAAAAGAUUCUUCAAAUACAGUACUUCGUUCAUGUUUACUUCGUACCGAAACUUUACCAACUGGAAUAUUUACUAAUUCAAAUAAUCGACAUAUACCUGAAGAAAAUGAAGUAAUAAAACCAAACAAUAGUUUCAAUGAUCAAUUUAUUCUUUGUUCAAAACAAGCACCACAACCAAUUCUUAUUAAUAGUUCAAUAGGCGAAACCAUGACAUUAGAUGAUGAUCUUCGUGAUAGAGUCGAAAGUAUUUCCUCACAAUUAACAGAUGAAAAUGAUGAUCGAACACAAUCACUUCAUAUUCUAUCUGAUGAACAACUUGAUCAUUUAGCUUCUGUAUAUCAUCCUUAUUCAACAGAAUUAUCCUCAGAAACAGGUAUGCAUAAUCAAUCAUUCGCACAAUCAAAAAGCAUGAUAUCAGAUUCUAUGUUAUAUUAA